CUGUGGCGAGCUUUUCCGCCUUUUCCCCCCCGUGGAUUAAUCUAGAAACUCCUCUGUACUCGUGUAAUAACUGAUGUUAUUUCUCUAUCGGAAUAAAGCACCAGUCUCCAGGACGUGAAUCUACACCAUGGAGACCGGGAGCCGCGUCGCUGUGCUGGGCUUCCUGCUCUCCCUUCUGCUGUCUCCCGGCGGCUGUGCCGAGCAGAUCGACCCUCUGCUGUAUGAAGAGCAGCUGCUGUGGGUGAGCGGAGUCCAGGGGCAGGUGAACACCUACAGGAUCCCCCUGCUCAGCUUCACCCCAAAGGGAAGCCUGCUGGCCUUCUCAGAGGCCAGAAAGUUAUCAGAGCACGACAAAGGACAAAAGUUCAUCGCUAUGCGGCGGUCCACAGACAAAGGAGCCACCUGGUCCCCGACGUCCUUCAUAAUCGAUGAUGGAGCGAUGAUAGACGGCCUGAACCUGGGCUCCGUGGUGGUGGACGAGGAGGUCGGCUCGGUGAUUGUGGUCUACGUCCUCUGCUUCAACCACUAUCACUGCAGCCCGUCCAGCACCAUGAUGGUGGAGAGCAAGGACGACGGCCUCAGCUGGAGCAAGCCCAGGAACCUGUCGGGCCAGCUGGGAGUAAAGUCCUUUUGUCCCGGGCCGGGCUUCGGCAUUCAGAAGCGCUACAACCCCGCCAAGGGGAGGUUGGUGGUGUGUGGUCAUGGCACAUUGAAGGCAAACGGAGUUUUCUGCAUCCUGAGUGACGACCACGGACAAAACUGGUACAACGGCGGUGCGCUGAAAAGCAUCCCUUACAACCAGAAUAAGAAGGCCCAGGACUUCAGCCCCGACGAGUGCCAGCCGGUGGAGCUGACGGACGGCAGCAUCGUCAUCAACGUGCGGAAUCAGAACAACUUCCACUGUCGGUGUCGCAUGGUGGUGCGCAGCCACGAUGGCGGAUUGACGCUGCCCGUAGACAGUCUGUACUUUGACUACGAGCUCGUGGAUCCUGCAGUGGCAGCCGGAGCUCUGGUGAAGGACGGCGUGCUCUUCUUCACCAACCCCGCCAACGAGCAGCACAGAGUGAACCUGACUUUACGCUGGUCGCUAACUGACGGUAAAUCCUGGGUGAAAAAAGCUAUGCAGAUCUGGGCGGGUCCCAGCGGCUACUCCAGCAUGACAUCAUUGGACAGCGGCUCCGUGGACGACGAGAAGUACAUCUUCGUGAUCUACGAGAAGGGCCACACGGACUACGAUGAGACCAUCGCGUUCGCCAAGAUCCACCUGUUUGGUGGUCGGUAGAGCAGGGGGGAGGAAGAUUCCAGAGAUGUUGGAGCGAAAGGGAAAAACUGGAAGCUGUCGUUUAAUUUCUCAGGAAGAAGAAGAACAAAAAAAUACAUUUUAAACUCGCUUCGUGAUAUUGCGAGUGGAACAAUGGGAUGCUCAGAACAACGAAUGAACAGUUGUGUUGGGGCCGUGUCUCAAAAUACUAUUUUCUCCUUCUUUUUCUUUUCUCUACAAUUACCACACUUGAUGAAGGCACCCAGCCACAUGUCCAUUUCCAGGUUUUGGGAUAUGUUAACAGGUGUGAGAAGAUAUGAGCAAGCAGGGGACUUAAAUCAUGCUGUUUUGAGGAUGACAUCAACGCAUCAUACUGUACGAUAAUACCACACGAGAGUAUCAAAUCACAGUCUUCCACGACAAAGAAUAAUAAUUACUUUCAGUCGUUUGAAUGUGGUGUUAAUGCAAUAUUCAAGCACAACUGGCAACUAUCUCUAAUUCACCUCAAAUGUUUGACGCAGGUGUGAAAUGAUUCCUAUUUUCUCAGAUAAUAUAGUUUCCUACUGAAGUAACGUACUUUCAAAUGUUCCAUGGGUCUGUGCUUGUAAAGUAUUGAUUCUAUUAAGCAGGGAGUGUGCCAUGAAUUAAUGCUGACCAAAAUUGGUUCUGCCUUUUUAGAAUCAGAAAUUAUAAAUAAUAAUGUGAAUUGCCGAUUGCGAUGACACAGCAGUUGAAUGCAAUCUCAUUUUGGAGUGCGGUUUGAAUAAAAUGACGAGUUAGACGUGUGCGAUUAAAUGUGAAAAUGAAGAGGUAAGUACAUGAUGUAGCCAAAGUAUCCUCACUUGCACUUGUGCAGAAUAUAUUCUAAUAUUUUGUCUGAACGAUUUGGAUGACUCAUUUCAUUCCAGAAUCGCCAUGUAUUACCAGCGUAGUACUUGGGUUACACUACAUUGUACUAUCUGUAGUUAAUGAGCUCUUAGUAUGUUUGGGCACAGCCAAGCUGAUUUGCAGUCAUUCAUGUUUUAGCAAUGGAAAAAAAAGAAAACAAAUCUAACUUUUUUUCUUCUUAAUCAAAGUAAUUACAACUCAGCAAACAAAAUGGGUUUUAUUGGGAAACUGCUUUUAACCGGUGUUGAAGAAAGAAAAGAAAAUCUGAAAAUUGCAGUUGACAAGUCUGCACUGACAUGAUACCAGUGCCUUUUCCCUGCAUGUCUUUCUGACUUUUAUUAAAAGUACUGAAAGAAAGAAAUACUAAAAAUGA